CUCCGAAAUCCAACACGCAAAAGUCUCAUCUCUCUGCAAACUAAGAACACUAAAAAAAAGGCAUUGCAGAGAAUUCGUCGAGGAGUUCGCCGGAGAAAAAAAUGUCGACAUCGUCAGUGAACUUAGAAGAUGUUCCCUCCGAGAGCCUCAUGUCGGAGCUUCUCCGCCGCAUGAGGUGUUCCUCCAAGCCGGACAAACGUCUUAUUCUCAUUGGCCCACCUGGAUCAGGGAAAGGAACGCAAUCUCCUAUCAUUAAAGAUGAAUAUUGCUUGUGUCAUUUAGCCACAGGGGAUAUGCUGAGAGCUGCUGUUGCUGCCAAAACACCUUUGGGCAUUAAGGCGAAGGAGGCCAUGGAUAAGGGAGAACUUGUUUCUGAUGACUUGGUUGUUGGGAUCAUAGACGAAGCAUUAAAGAAGCCAUCAUGUCAAAAAGGAUUCAUUCUUGACGGGUUCCCUAGAACUGUGGUGCAAGCAGAAAAGCUUGAUGUGAUGCUUCAAAAUCGAGGGACUAAAGUUGAUAAGGUUCUUAAUUUUGCGAUUGAUGAUGCCAUCUUGGAAGAGAGAAUUACCGGACGUUGGAUCCACCCAGCUAGUGGUCGGUCAUACCAUACAAAAUUUGCACCUCCUAAAGCACCUGGGAUAGAUGAUGUCACUGGAGAGCCUUUGAUACAACGAAAAGAUGAUACUGCUGCUGUUCUCAAGUCAAGGCUAGAAGCCUUCCACAGGCAAACUGAGCCGGUCAUUGACUACUAUGCCAAGAAGGGUAAUGUAGUGAAUCUCCCUGCUGAGAAACCACCACAGGCGGUCACAGCUGAAGUCAAGAAAGUUCUCUCCUAAUGGAAGGAUGCUAACUUUUUUUGGUUUAAGGAUUGAAAAUUGAACUAUGAAUUUUGGUUAACCAGCUAUAUUUCUAUUUUCCCUUUCAUGGCACUAGCUGGUUCAACCCUUUAUGAACGUCACAAAGUGUUGGUGAAUUUAUUUUACUUUUGACAUUGCUCUUUAGUGAGCUUUUGCAGAGUGCAAUAGGAAUUGACACAAAAUUAUUACUCGUA